AUGCCUUCUGCCGUAUCUGCCCCCAAGUCGUCCAAGCCCCUCGAGCGAUCUUUCUCCAACCCUGUUCCCCGCCAACGUCGUGUUGUAAAGAGGAGAGGUCGGGUGAAUGGCGAGUUUGGAAGCGACGAUGAAAUCGAGAGGGAGGUCAGGACCGACUCCGAGUCCGACGAUGACCACUCCUCCGUUGAUUCCGACUCAGAGUCAGAAUCUUCUUCUUCCGAGCUCCGUGCCGACGCUCACUCCGAGGUCGUCACCCCAAGCACGACCCAGAGCCCCCCUCCCACCGAGCAUGUCGCACCGAAAGACCCCUCUGGGAGUCACACAGGCAUCUUCGCCGAUGCUACGAACUGGGCCGAGAUGGUAGCCGGGGAAGCUGAGAACGGCGCGGCGGACCUCCCCGUCAUCGACUUUGCAGACAUGGACCACAACCGCAUCGAACCCCGGGCUCCAUCUCCCACACCCCGCUCGAGAAAGAGCCAAAAGGCGGCGAAGAAGGCAGCAAAUCGCGCGACAUCCGUGCCUUCCCCUCCUGCCCCCGCUGUCAACGAACCCUAUCCCGUGGCCGCUGACGACGUCGACUCGGGUGACGCUGUACCAUCUGGCUCUCACGCUUCUCCCCGCUCUCCAUUUCCUCCUCGCGGCCGCGGCCAGACCGCCCGCCAAGCGUACCAGCAGCGCCUUGAGACCGACCCCUCCUUUGUCCCGAGGGUGGGGGAGUUUUGGGGACACGACCACCGCCUGCUGGACAAGAAUCUGCGCAGCAUGAGCGGCUGGUGGCGUGGUCUGCGGGAGUCACGAGGACGAGGACGUGGUGGAUUCGGCAUGCGUGGCCGUGGACGCGGAUUCUACCCUGGACCAGCUUCAAUCAAUCAGGGAGACGGUGCACCGCAGGAAGAGCAAGACGUCCCGCCCGUGGAGCGCCCCUGGACUCACGAUGGAUUCGAGGAGAUGAAGCGGAGAGACGAGAGGCGACGUACCUUGCAAGAGCAACACUCCCAGCAGCCGCCUCACCCUGCACCGCAAAGGGGUUUCGGGUUCCGUGGCAGGGGCUUUGUCUCGGCACGCGGACGCGGUGGCUUUGCUCGCGGUGGCGGCGUCUCUCCGGGUACGUCGCAGCAACCACUCUCAUCGGCCGUGUCGAUGGGAGAUCGUGUCUGGUACGCUCAAAAGCCGGACAAGAUGUGGACCAAGCAGCACGACAUUUUCCUCUACUCCGACGCUGCCACCAAGCCUCGUCCAGGCGUCGGUCCCGGAGUUCGGGUCAAGCUUCCAGGCGGCAGGGCGCCUCACAUUGUUCGACUCCCUCCCCGUCCGAAUGCACGGAUUUCCGACCAGUCUGAGGAGCCACCCAAGGCGACGACCGAUGCAGACAAGACCAUCACGGUGCGGAUCCCCGCCGCUGGUGGCAAGGAGAAGGCGCCCGAGCCGUUGUCAGCAAUGUCGGUCGCGCGGAAGGAGCUCGCUACUACCGUCGAGGAGCUGUCAAUCGAGGAAGUCUUCACUGUGCGGCCCAACGUGGUUCCGAACCGCCGCAUAGACUUGUCGCUGCCCGUUGAUGGCGCAGAUUUGCUGACGGCGCCCACUAUCCCUGUUGCCGCACCUCCCUCGAUCCCCGAAGAGAGCCGGAAUCCCAUCGAGACGCUUACGACGCUUCCUGCCGCGGAUGAGCGCUCAUUGCCCAGUGCGCAGAUCCAGGAGACCAUUCUCCGGAACCCUCUUCCUGCCGAUGAACAACCUGUGAGCUACAGCGCGGACCCCUCGCAAGAGGCUCCCCUGGUACCACCUGCUCUCCCCCCUCUGCAGACAAGUUUCUCUCCCGCUCCUCCACCGACUUCGCCGCCUUACGGUUCGCCGUACGCCUAUGCCCCGGCACUGCCUCCAGGUGUAGGUUUCAACCACCAAGGCAUGCCAUACGAGUACGCCACUGGUCGCCCCGUAUACAUUCAGCCCACGCCUCCACCCAUGUACACACCGCGUCCGAUGAUGCACGGCCAUCACCCAUCUCACAGCAUCCCGUUCGUCCCUGCCCACCUCCGCCACCACUCCGGUGCAUCUCCCGACUUCCACGCGCAUCCACACACUCCUCAGACUCCGCCGAUCUCCUCAUUUGUGGAUCCGGCGACCGGUGUUCCAAUCUUCUCUCCCGCUCGCCAGACGAGCCGGGUCGAGAUCCGGGCGCCGGCUGAUGGUGCAGAGAGCAAGCGACCGGCAUGGCCCAUUCACCAGCGGAGCAACCUCUCCACGUCGGUCGCCAUUGCUGCUGCCGAGGUCGCACAGCCGUUGGAGGGUCAAUCCCGGCCGUCCGAGAACGCGGAGCAGCAACGCCCACCGCAGCCGCCUUCACAGCACCGUCCCACGCCCUCCAUGGAGGGCCCGGUGGCCUAUGCUCCGUAUCCACAGCCAUACUACUACCCUCCGGAGCAGUAUGGCUACAACCCCUACGUGGAUAUGUCGCAGCCGGUCAUGCAUUACGACAUGUAUGCGCCCGAACAGCACCCUGGGCCUCCCCCACCCCCGCCCCCUCACCACCAGCAUCACCCAUCGCAGCCCAUGGUCUUCUACUAG